GCCAACAGAUUCUUUCGCCAGGUUGGGGAGUAUUCAACAGAAAUGCGGCCGACAACUCAACCUUUGUCCAGGAACCAAUCAUCUCAUUCACGGACAAACAAGCUGACAGUCUUUGCUGCUCCAGAAACUUUAAAUGAAGACUCCUCAAAUCUUAAUUUUGCUCCAUUAAAAAUAACACAUCGUAAAAUUAACAGUUUGACUAAAUUCAACUCUCAGUUCAGAAGAACAAACCAAGACUUCAAAAGAAAUACUAGAACAGCAGAGAUAAAGCUUGGAGAAGCGAAGAAAUCUAGAACUGGGUUCGGAAUCGCAAGCGUAAAGAUACUCAGAGCUAGCCCAAAGAAGGAUCAGAGGGAGAUUAAUAGUAGAAAGAGAGAUGAAUCUGCUAAAGCUAUGGAAAAUAUUACAGAUAUCCUUAAGAAUACCAAGGCCCAAGCAAUAAAUCUAUUGAAGGUAAUCAAUGAUCGCAAGAUCUCCAAGAGAAGAAAAAUGGCAAGAAUGAACUUUCGGAAUAGCUCAAAUAGCCAGAGAGCGCUUCUGGAUGAUUGAUACCCUGGUUUGAUAAUAAAGCCAUCUAAGCUACCGAGUGCCAAUAAAUAAGACACAAAGGGAUGACGAUAUGUUCUACAUCAAGUUUUAACCAUCCUUUCACUAACAUAUAAGAUUUGAGUAAAGAAGACAAUAUAUGCCAUU